AUGAAUCAAAGCUUUUCGAGAGACUGCUUGCCAAUUGGACCCAAGGGUCUAGGGCUUGGGCAGAGUUCACAUGAAGGCUUUGCAUCUCGCCUAAAGGCAAACGUGGAAGCCCUCAAUGUGGACCAACCCAAAGCUUCUGGCAUCGGACUGGGAGAUUGUGAUUUACGGUUGAUAGCUGACCUAGACCGGAGGCUUGAGUGGCUCUCCAACCAGCUCAUGCCCGGACGCAGACCGUACCAUUUUGCCGUCCUUGCCAAUCACUGGCUGAACCCUGAGACAUGGAUCGUCAUUGACCCCCCGACCCGAAUCUCGAUUGAUGCUAGACGCCGACUUGGGGACCCAAGAUUCAAUGACCCAUACCCAGCCCCUGACUGGACCCCGAAGCCGAAGUACCCCAAGCUGCAACGCAGAACCGCCAAUGUCCCGAAGAUCAACUCCUGGAGAGCAGCUGUAAAUCGGAACAGACGAGCAGGCGGGCUGGACGAUGUCAUUAAAGGUGUUGAGCUAUUUGAGGGUUCAGACGACGCACCCCCGGAUGGCAAGGUUGACCCUGCAUGCUGGAUCCUUCGAAAACCGCCUCAAGGAUUUAGCAUGUCCUCUCGCCAGGGGACCGUAUUCUAUGAAGGAGGAGCAGGCUGGCAGGAGACGCUAGACGACUGGCAAAAGGUUCGCCGUGGCUAUCGAAUCCGGAAGGCAAUCCACGAGGGAAGGGCAAACCGGAGACGAGCAAAAGAGAUUGCGCUUGGUAUUACGAGAUACUAUCGACUGGGCAUCUCCAAAAUUUCCUGA